GGAGUCUUUCUAGCGGAAGUCCCGCCUUCCUCCGUCGUGUAGUAGCGCAGGGUGGCGACGUCACUUCCUCUUUUCCUGCGCCUGUGAGCGAGACACCAUGAAGGCGUCCGGCACUCUGCGAGAGUACAAGGUGAUCGGGCGUCUGCUGCCGUCGCCCAAGAACCCGACCCCCCCGCUGUACCGCAUGCGCAUCUUCGCCCCCAACCACGUGGUGGCCAAGUCUCGCUUCUGGUACUUUGUGUCCCAACUGAGAAAGAUGAAGAAGGCGUCCGGCGAGACCGUCUACUGCGGACUGGUCCACGAGAAGACGCCCCUGAAGGUGAAGAACUUUGGCAUCUGGCUGCGUUACGACUCGCGCAGCGGCACGCACAACAUGUACCGCGAGUACCGAGACCUCACCACCUCUGGAGCCGUCACCCAGUGCUACCGCGACAUGGGCGCCCGGCACCGCGCCCGCGCCCACUCUAUCCAGAUCAUGAAGGUCCAGGUGAUUGCAGCAAACAAGUGCCGCAGGCCCGCCAUCAAGCAGUUCCACAACUCCAAGAUCAAGUUCCCGCUGCCCCACCGGGUCCUGCGCCGCCAGCACAAACCGCGCUUCACCACCAAGAGACCAAACACCUUCUUCUGAAUGCCUCUGGCACAAUCCAAAUAAAUUGUUGUUCUGGUUUGGAACGUUGA